UAAAGUCCGCGCCAUUUUCGGAAGAGUUUUGUUUAUUGUCAUCGUGCUUGAUUGUAUUUAUUUGUUUUCACACGUUUUAUCAGUUACUUUUUUCAGCAGCUAUUAUGGGGAGAAAAUCAGCAAAAGGAAAAGAAAAGAAGAUGAAGAGAAAGGAGGAGAGUGCUAAACUUGCUGUGAGUCAAGCUAAAGUAGAUGCUGCUAACAAACUGGAAGAUCCAAUGAAUAGUCUAGGUAUAUUCAAGAAAUUUGACAGAAAUGGAAUGAAUCUGACAAUAGAAUGUAAAAAAGUAACAGAUUUAGAAAAAGAUACAACAGAAUGGGCUUUUGGAUUGACAAAGUCCAACAUGCAAGAAUUUUAUGAAGCAAGUAGUUGGGGAUGGCGUGAUAGAGUGAAGAAGGAAGAGCUGUCAGAUGACAGAGCGUGGUACUUAGUAGCUAGAGAUUCAGAUGGAUUAGCUGUAGCAUUUGUACAUUUUAGAUUUGAUAUAGAUUAUGAUGAUGAAGUCUUAUAUUGUUAUGAAAUCCAGAUUGAGAAAGCUGUAAGAAGGAAGGGACUUGGAAAAUUUCUCAUGCAGAUUUUAGGACUCAUAGCCCUGAAGGCAGAAAUGAAGAAAGUGAUGCUGACUGUAUUCAAGAGUAAUAACACAGCAAAUCAGUUUUUUAAGAAAGUAUUAAAAUAUGAGAUCGACGAGACUGAUCAAAGUUCAUUGUAUCCGCUAGAUGACUAUGAUUAUGAAAUCCUGAGUAAACCGAUUACACUGCCAAAAAAAACAGUGUCUUCACCUGGAGAACAGAAUGGAGCCACGGCUGUAGAGACAGCAUCAUAGAAAAUUGAUUACAUCAAUAAUAGGAUGUCUCCUAUCUACUGAUAUUUUUAAUUAUGUUUUUCUGACCUUCAUAUGAACUCUUCUACUGCAAAGUACAUUAAUGUUCACAUUCACUCAUCCAAUAUUAAAACUUAACUGAAUAAA